AUGGCGGUGCUGCGCGAAGACUGGAAGGCGACAGACUUUGUAGUGGACGACAUGGUGUACUCCAGCAUCGACGUGCUCGUCAUGGACGCCCUACGACACCUACAAUGCUUGGAGAAGGAUAGCACGCUCAGGCUGUACACCGCGUUCAUCUACCACUACAAGAAGUGGGCGGCGAAGAUGCUGAAGCAGAUACGCGACAAGCUACCCCAUGAGCAACGACUUAGGCACAUCGACGAGAUUGGCCACUACAUCCGCGACAACAAGAAAAAGGAUUGGUGCAACGAGAAAGUGGUCCGCCGAGAGUACAUUUGGCUGCACGGCCCUAGGGUCACCGAAACCCGGCUGCGCGCCUACGUGAAGCAAAUGAGCCGUGAGUGUAACCUCAUUGUUGACCAGCCCGGGGAGGAGAACAAUGCCACGCGAACCGGGCCUGUGAGGUCGACAACUGCGCACACGAUCCUCGGGCGCAUAAAGGCAUGCCACAUGGCGGCGAGGGUGGAGGCGACGCUGUACCGAGAGAAGGAGCUGGGCAUCAUGAGGGAGAUCUCGGUGGUCAGAUCGGAGGUGCGGUUCAACGUCCGCCACAAGAACGAGAGGUUCAAGAACUGCGCCAACCGUCGACGCGGCACCAUCGGCGAUACCUACACCGCCGAGCAGUUCCGCCAAAUCAUGAUGAGGGUGCUGCCAACAUGGGCGGCGACGGCGUGGAACCCGCGGGCAACCACUCCGUCGCAGACGCUGUGGCGAUUCCUGCUCGUCAAGCACCUGGCGAGCACCUCGGAGGUGAACCCGGAUAGCCAGCCGGUCAUCAUGGUGAUCGCCGCACGUAACUCGAAGACUUCCAAGGAUGCCCGUCUUCAGCAGAGCUACGCGGCGCGACACCUGGAAGCGGAGCUGUGCGCCGUCGGCGAGACCGGCCUGUGGCUGCACUUCAUCCUCGACCAGAUCGGUCAGUUCUUCGGCACCGACUUCCUUCCGCCGCUUGACACCACUGAACGCGAACGCUGGUACAAGAAGCAUCUCUUCUUCACCAAAAACGACAAGGAGCAGGAGGAGCUCCCCGCCGCCACCCACCAACGUUGGACUCGGCAGAUGUGGACGACCAACAAGGUGUUCUGCAAAAGGAACGUGCACGCCACCCGCGCCGGAGGUGCGCAGGAGCUAGCCAUCGGAGGGACGUCGCGCGCCGAGAUCGCCGAGCUGGGACACUGGGCUCUCGACAAGAUGACGCGUGCGCACAUCACGACCAUUCCCGCUGGGGUGGUGAUGCGGAAGGCCAGCUACUCGGGACUCAAGCAGUACUACUUCUUGGGGCGCAGCAGGGUCGAGCCCUCCGACAAACUCCUGGACCUCCUCGCCGAGCACAUCUUCCCCGGCGUGGAUGCUAUGCUGCGCGAUGUAUGUCACGCGACGCCGACAAUGUUCUUCAGUCGUUGUGGCCUAGUUGGCUGCCCAACUCCCUACUAA